GUCGUCUAACUAGUUAGUCGUUCAUUUAGUGGCGUGGUGGCCGGACGCUGUGAUUUCUUUGUAUUUAUCUCAUUGAGCAUUCAAUAUGUCCCAUCUGUCGAUUUUGGUGCUAUUAGCAGUAUGCGGGAGUGCUUUUUCACAUACAUAUCAUUUAGGAGCGUGUCCCAUAGUAGAGCCUAUGCCGGGAUUCGAUAUGAACCAGAUGUUGGGAGUUUGGUACGUCAUACAAAAGACUUCUACAGCAUCCCACUGCAUUACGUAUAAUUUCACCAGAACUGACGAGCCCGGUGUUUAUGAACUGCAACAAGUAUCGCAACACUUUAUAUUGGGACUAACACCUUUACAACAUGACUAUAGAUAUACUGGGGUUUUAACAGUUCCUGAUCCAGCGAUACCAGCCCGGAUGAAAGUACGAUUUCCGCUAAGUGUUGCUGGGUCAGCAAGCUACACAAUUAUGGCGACUGAUUACAAUACAUACGCUGCUGUGUUCACCUGUCAAAAAGUUACCUUUGCCCAUCGUCGCUCUGCUACUAUUCUAUCCAGAACCAAGGAGCUAGAUAAGAUGUACGUCGACAAGAUGCGUACAAAACUAUCUUCUUUUGGAGUAGACCCUUACGACCUCUCCAUUAUAUCACAAAACGAAUGUCCGAAGCAUCCCAACGGCACCACAGAGGGUGUUAACAUCAACAUCGAUCCCAAUACUUUCUCCGCACAUAAUAUCGGUGAAGCGGUCAGAAAAACUGGCGGAGCUAUUGCUGACGGCGUUGAGUAUGUAGUGGACACAGGCAAGAAGGUGUACCAUAAAGUUGCUAGCAGUAAGGAGGACCUCACUGAAUCGCCUUCAAAUCCCAUUCGUAACUUAGAUCACGAUGCAGAAUGGUUACCUUAAAAAAGCAGAAAUAGUAGCACCCAUAGCAAUAAUGUAUUCUCAAUAGUAAUAUAAUUCUUAGUGCCAAAUAAAAUUUAAAGAAAGGAGAG